AUGAAUCCAAACAAUCCAAAUUUAUUAAAGAGUCCUAGUAGAAAAUCCACUCCACCAAAUCAACCAAUGCAAUAUAAUACAAAUAAAGAUGAUAUCGAUCACGAACAACCUCCUCAUCCCGGUAUGAUGAAUUAUGUAAAUUAUUCCAACCCAAAUAUGAAUUAUAAUUUUAAUAUGCAGCAAAGAGGACAUGUCAACGAUAUGAUGUCAAGGCAAGGACCACCACAUAUGAUGCAACAACCACAAAAUAUACAAGGAUUUAGACCUCCACCAAAUAUGAUGGGACCACCACACGUAAGAGCGGGUAAUGUUGGAAUGGGACCUAUGCCAGUAAAUAUAAAUAAUAUGGGUAUGAAUAGUAAUGUUAAUAUUAGCAAUAAUAAUAAUAGUGUUAACAACAGCAACAACUUGAGAUCAUCAUUAACCACGACACCAACAGUCGUAUCACCACAACAACAGCAACAACAACAAUCACAACCAUCGCUAUCUAGAUCAAACCCUAAUACACCAACCAAUACUACCACCACUAGUAGUGUCACAACUUCACCAAACAUCCAACAACAACAACACCAACAAAGAAUUAAUGACAAUAUUGUAAAUAGAGGUAUCCAAAGUAUGUUACCUCAACAAUUUAAUACCCAAAAAGCACAACAACAACAACAGCAACAACAGCAAUCACCACAACAAUCUCCUCAACAAAACUAUAAUAACAACACCAACAAUAAUAACUAUGGUGAUGGCGAUUUCCCAGCUUUAAGAAAGAGCAAAAAUGCAAAUAAAAAUGUAGAAGAUACAAGUUUAAUUCAAAAUUUAGGAUUUGAUAAUUCACAUGAAGAAUAUCAAAGAAAAGAUUAUAAUAUUGUAGAUAAAGAUAAUGGCAAAUAUGGCUUAAUGGGUUUAUUAAAUGUAAUUAAAAAUACAGACAUGGACGCAAGUAUGCUUUCUAUUGGUAUUGACUUGACUGGGGAAUUAUAUGAAUCAUUUGGGUCACCAUGGGUUGAAUUCUCAGCUCAAAGAAAAUCUGAAUAUUAUAUCCCGUUAUGCUACUCAACACCAAAUUUAGAAUCACCAACUUAUAAGAUGACUUUAUUCACCUACGAAACAUUAUUUUAUAUUUUUUAUUCAAUGCCAAAAGAUAUUCUUCAACUUCAUGCAGCCAACGAAUUAUACGACCGUAAUUGGAGAUAUCACAAAGAAGGUAAAGUUUGGUUAACCAAAGUUCAAGGUACCGAAUCGACAAUAAACCCUACCUUUGAAGUAGGUUCUUUCUUUUUCUUUGACGUUGUACAAUGGGCUACAGUACGUAGAGACAAUUUUUAUCUUCCACACGAAGUUUUAGAAACUAAAGAAUCUUUAAUCGCUCAAGUAAAUAAAGCCGAACAACAAUUACUAUCAUUACAACAACAACAAGCUGCCGCUGCCGCUGCUGCCGCUCAACAAAAUGGUCAACCCUCACCAUCACAAUCAUCACCACAACAUACUUCACCACAAUAA